UCCCAAAAUCACCAAAACUCCUGCCCCGCACACACAGCAUGGACGACCCGGAGAGUGCGGAGGGGCCCCGGGCCCAGAGAGCCGGCCUGAGCGCCCUCAUCCCGGGCAGGGGCUUCCUGGCAUCGCGGAAAGGGCAGCUGCUGCUGGCAGAAUGGGUGGUGUCGCUGAUCACAUUCAUCUGUUACGUGGCGUCCACGGCCGUGGCCCUCAUGACCGUCCCCCUGAUAGAAUUCCUCUGGGCCCUCUUUACAUUCUUUGCUUACUCCAUGAAACUGAACGAGCAGCUGAAGGGAAUUUUCUGGCCGCUGCUGGACUUCAUCCGCUGUGUCUCUGCCGCCAUCAUUUAUUUUGUGAUCUCGCUUGUGGCUGUGUCCAAGUAUUCCUGUGGGGCCUCGAAAGCGGCUGCGGUGCUCGGAUUUAUUGCCACCAUCGUCUACGCCUUCGACUUCUACAUCAUCUUUAAUGACCUGAUCCAAUUCCUGAAGAAGGGAGAUUCUGCAGACGACGAACCUCAGCGACGGAAGUCAGACGGUGAAGGUACAGACUCGGACUCCGACUGAUGGUCCCAGGAGAAGCGGAGACGUUUCCUUUCCCUCCCGGUGGAUUGCGCUCGACCCUGGAGCCCACAGACAUGUCAUUAUGGGGGAAGAGUGAAGGACGUUUUUUUAAAUAGAGAAAUUUUUUAGGGAUAUAAUGAGGACAAUUGAAGAGCUGAUCCUCCGUGGACGUCGCCCAGUACAUGGUGGACACCGAUCACCUGCACCGGAGACACCGAGGAGGUCAGAUUUUAGGCCCAGUAUUACGGUGCACCUUCAUAUCCCCCUUUUUUGUAUUUUAAGGGGCUUUAACUAUUGACAAUAAUUAUUACCGAAUAGAACAGCACAAGAGGUGAUAGAACCAGCGCUGACGUAGAAAACCAGAUCCAUUUUCAGUUAACCCUUCCAGGUAGUACCCCAUUAUAUUUCGGUGGCUGGCACCAUUCACUCCCCCACGUGAAGACAGAGCAGGGUGGCAUCAAUGUUGCCAGCUCUCUGCAGGGGGAAAAGAUGGCUGCAGCGACCUGACAUUGGAUUGUAAGGCUUUAUCGUGCAUUAUACAAAAGGGCCAUUUUUUUAAAAUCCCAUUCACUACAAUGUGACCUGUAAACUACGGCAGGCGGCCACAAAUAAAACCAGACGUGUGAAUGUACCCAUACGCUGCGUUACGGUUAGUCUUCAGCUCUGUGACCAAGCCUCACGUCGGCGGUAUGCCAUUGUAUACCUCCAUGCCUGGUGUAUAGCUGCAUGUCCACCAUAGGUUCCCACUGUGAAAAAUGUGUAUAAUAGACAUUUUUAUAGCGGAGAAAAGUAUUGUGCCAAAGGCCUAGGCUGGGCGAGCCCUAUGGAGACCGUCUGUAUAUGUUAAACUUGGGGCUGGACGCAGGGUGCACACAGCCUUCAUGGUACAUUUUUGGGAGUAAGGGGGGGGGGGGGCAUUUAUUAUGGGAAGUACACAACUUUGUGUUCAACUUUUUGUCGGAUUUGCAACUUUUCCCUGCUAAAGCCACUUUUCUGUGGUGGAGGAGAAAGGCUGCGUGCCAGCCAGUAGGCACAUCUGACUAUUUGUGGUGUAGAAAAUGACUUGAAUCUACGCCAGCAAGGGAGCUAGUCUAGAUUUAGGCAAGCCUCACGGCCGCCGGUGGGACACCUAAAUGAUGUAGAAGUUGGUGCAUCUACAUAUAACUUAGGUGCAUCAAGCGGCAGCAGACAUAGACUAGGAACGGCGUCUAAAUUGGCAGUCUUAGUAAAUUUCCCCCUUGGUAGUUUAGGACCCUUGCAGAGGUAGGUACACACUGGCGUGUGUGUGGGGGGGAAAACCAAUAAAGCACUCGUGGAGAAAAAAAUGGCAGCUGCAGCCGUCCUCUACACUCCAUGUAAAGCCAGAUCACAUCCAUAUUAUGGCCACCUUGUGGUUCAUGUGAAGUAAGCAUAAAUCAACAUAAAAAAACAGCAUUUCCCUCAAAAAAAAAAAGGAACUAUUGUUUAAAGUAGACUUGUCCCUAUGA